CCAUCUACCCUCGUGGGAUUCGAACCCAGUUCCACAAAACAUUACCUUGGGUCUCUGGAUUCCCAGUCCAGUGACAGUACCACCUCCCUCCCUCUACCCGGGAGAAUCGUGUUGUUUGGAGGUUGGGGUGGGAUUUAUUGGAUGGAAAAGUUGUGAUGGGGGCGGAGACCAGGUUUGGGAAGAGACACAAGAUCUAGCCCAUUCCCCGCUCCCGCUGGGACAUCCAGAGCCGGGUCUGGGCGGAAAUUCGGAUGCUCCAUUCCUCUGGUGACCUUCCCUUUAAGAGGCGGCGGUUCCAAUUUGGAACCCGUUUUAUUUUAUAGAUAAAGCUCCAUAACUGCCCCUCCCUGUGGGGCCAGAGGCCGAGAGGCUUCCGCCCAGCUUUCCUGCGCACUAGGAGCGGCGGAUCGGGCACAGCCUGGCCGCUGCUGCACUGAUUCGGGCGGCGGAGAUUUGGCGGAGAGAUGGCGGCUCGGCUCCCGGGGAUGGCUCUGGCCGUCAGUCUCCUGCUGCUCCUGAACCGGGAGGUGAGGAGUUUUAAGUCUGGUUCUUUCACCAUUGAUUAUGAAAGAAAUUGCUUCAGUAAGGAUGGAUACUGUUUCCGGUAUAUUUCUGGGAGUAUCCACUACUUUCGAGUUCCUCACAUAUAUUGGAAAGAUAGGCUGCAGAAAAUGUACAUGGCGGGUCUCAACGCUAUCCAGGUGUACAUUCCUUGGAAUUACCAUGAAAUUACACCUGGGGAAUAUGACUUCAGCAAGUCGAAAGAUGUAGAGUAUUUUCUGAGUCUUGCUCAGGAGAUGGGCCUGUUUGUUAUUCUCCGUCCUGGACCUUAUAUCUGUGCCGAGUGGGAACUGGGUGGUCUCCCAGCCUGGCUGCUGCAAAGUUCAACUAUCAGUUUACGUUCAUCUGAUCCAGAUUACCUAGCAGCAGUGGAUAAAUGGUUUGCAGUUCUGUUACCAAAGAUGAAACCCUUAAUGUACCAGAAUGGAGGGCCCAUCAUCAGUUUUCAGGUGGAGAACGAGUAUGGUAGUUAUUUUACUUGUGAUUAUAACUAUUUAAGACACCUGCGUGAGGUCAUGCGUUCAUUCCUGGGCGAGGAUGUGUUGCUAUUCACGACUGACGGGAACCGGGUGCAGGAGCUGAACUGUGGCACAUUGCAGGGGAUCUAUGCAACCAUUGACUUCGGCACCACUGAUGAUGUCAACUCCUCGUUUCGAAUCCAAAGGCAGUUUGAGCCGGAAGGCCCAUUGGUGAAUUCGGAGUUCUAUGUGGGAUGGCUCGAUUACUGGGGAGUGGAACACUCGAUCAUUCCUACUGGAAAUGCCACCAAAAUGCUGGAGGAGAUGCUACAACUCGGAGCCAAUGUGAAUAUGUACAUGUUUGAAGGCGGGACUAAUUUUGGAUUCUGGAAUGGUGCUGACUACAACGCUAAGUAUCGGCCCAUCACCACCAGUUACGAUUACAAUGCUCCCCUGUCUGAAGCAGGAGAUCCCACGGAGAAGUUUUAUGCACUUCGGGAUGUCAUUAGGAAGUUUCGAGAUGUCCCUGUGGGUCCGGUCCCUCCACCGACUGUGAAAUUUGCCUAUGGCAGUGUUCCUGUGACAAAGUAUGGAGCACUGCUGGACUUCCUCAAUGUGCUGGCACCAGGAGGAGCGGUCACCAGCACCUACCCUUUGACCUUCGAGCAAAUGCAACAGUAUUAUGGGUUUCUGCUGUAUCGCACUCUGCUCCCACAGACCAUCGAGAAACCUCUUCCCUUGAUGUCAUCAUUGAAUGGAGUGCAUGAUCGAGGGUAUGUCCUGGUGAAUCGGGUGUAUAAGGGUUUGUUGGAGCGCGACAAUAUCCUUGCGUUAAACAUCACCGGCAGUAAAGGUGACACGCUGGACAUUGUGGUAGAGAACAUGGGCCGCAUCAACUUUGGAAGCUGCCUGCUGGACUUCAAGGGCCUCGUAAAAAACCUGUCACUUGCCUCCACUGAGCUCACCAUCUGGUCCAUGUUCUCCUUGGCGAUAGAUGAUGCUGUUGGGAAGGGCUGGCCGCAUUCCAUACAACAGGAAGGAGAAGACUCAACAGUCCAGGCCCAUGGGCCCACAUUCUACUAUGGGACCUUCGAGUCACCGAGGGCUCAGGACACCUACAUUAGGCUGCAAAACUGGGUCAAGGGUCAGGUCUGGAUCAACGGUUUUAAUGUGGGGCGUUACUGGACUGAUCGAGGACCCCAAGAGACUCUAUAUGUGCCUAAGAACAUUCUGAAUGAAAACUCCCCAAACAAUGUGACGGUGCUGGAGUUGGAGCGAGCUCCUUCUGAACCUUCGGUUGUAUUUCUGGAUUAUGCGAUCCUGAACCCAAAGGGUUAAGAGAUGUGAACUGCGAGUUGUUAUUUAGAUCUCGCUGCUGCAGGCUUGCAAUCUGUUCAGAAUGCAGCAACAGCUAAUCUCUGUCUUGCUGCCAAUAUUUACAGGGUGCUCCAUACACAUAUACAUAUUUAAACACAAGCCACAGAGGAACAAUUGAAAGAUGAUCAAUAAUGAUGGAACGAGUGCUUGGAGCAGCACACAGAUUAAUCAUUGGGUCUGUAGAGCAAUGACAGGGGUCAGUGGAGGGUCAGAGGGGGUACAGAAUGAAUGUGCCAACUUUACUCUGCAAUCUGGUUCAUUUUGCAGAGUUCUGCUGAGCUGGGACUCUAACCAAAAGCUUGUAAAUUUUUCCAGCAGCUUAUUGAUGCAUCUUCUGUUGAAUUACACAGGGGCUGGCUACGUGUACAGGCAAUCGAGUGUAACCACCUGGCCUGACUCAUAGGGAUACAAUAAUGUGGCUACUAUAAGGAACCAGCUAUUUCAGCAGGAAUCUAGCUGUUUUAAGAAGUUCGGUCAGGGCAAGAUAACCUGAAUCUGCCCCCUCCUCAUCCACCCAUACAGGAGUCAUGGGGCAGUUAGCGGGAGCAGCUCCCUGGUUUCUCCCCUGCCCAUCAUCUCUGCAAGUGUCAUCACCACACCUGAGAUGAGCAUGAAUCAGGGAACCAGGACUCUUCCUGGUCGGUGCAGUUAGUCCCCAAGCAAAGCAACUAGAUCCUACAUGAGGUUGGACGAGGGAGAGCUUCUGUGUUGAUGCCUGAUGCUUUGGGAGGGGGGAGGGGUCCUUGUUUAUCAUGACCCUUCAAUUAACCCAGUGCAAAUUUCCAGGACUGACCCCUUCCUCCUGGUACAUUCCUGUCAUCAGAAGUGGAGAAAAUUGCAGAGCAGCAUAAUGGAGUCAACUUCAUUAUAAUAAAUACAGAUUUCUACACUUUUCACCAUCUCCCAAUGUCCCAAAGCAUUUUAUAGCCAGAGAAUGACUGAAAUCAAUGAAAUGUACUCACUGUUGUAAAUGCAGAAAUUUGAUCCUAUAACCAGCACUAUGAAAAUUACCAGGCAAUCUGUCUUAGUGAGGAAUAAAUAUUAGCUAGGUCACUGGCAAGAAUUUCCUUGCUCCUCAAA